UUCGUGCUGCACGGCCCACGCGUCGUAUGAGCGAUAUCACCUGGUCUUCUAAGACUGUUUUAUUGGAUUUUGGCGCAAGAAGGCAAAAAAGCCGGCUAAAGUUUCCCUCGUGGGUGUGUGUGCGUGUGUUGCCGGAAAUACUUUGAGCAAUCGGAACGACAAAAGGCGAAAAAAAGAUAGAAACCAAAACAAAAGUCUAAGCAAAUUAACUUGGCCCAUUCGUUGUAUUGCGAGCAUUGUUCUAGUGGUUAUAUUAUGUUUGGGGUUUUUUGCCCAGCCCUCCUGCCAGCACGAAAGUAGGUUAAUUGACGUGUGUUGUGGGCGUAUCUACAAGGAAAAUAAUAAAAAAAAAUCGUACCUACGAGUAGAAAAACAAAUACACGAGCAGCCAGUGAAGUGGUCAAUUGCCACUGCCAGGGGCCUAGGAACCCCCUCGAUAAAUCAAAAGUGUGGGCAGAAAGUGCGGCUAAUUUAAGGUCACUCGGGGAGGAGCCGAAUCCUUGGAGCGGGAGCAGCCAAUGCAACCUGCACAGACAUCAUUAGACGUGAAUAGCAACCACACAAAAUGCUGAUACUGCUGCCGCUGCUUGGAAUUUUUGGUAAUGGUUUCGUUGCUGAAGUCGAGGCAAAUCUAAGUCUGGGCUUUAAGGCCAUCAAAUUGCCCAGGCAUCCGAAUCCGGCCAAUUGCAGUGUGGGCAACACAACAUUCGCACAUGGAGUCACAUUCAAAUUGGAUUGUAAAACGCAAUGCGUUUGCGAGAAUGGCCGCCACGCCUGCUCCACGCUCUGCCCCAACGAGCAGCUCCCGGCGCCGGAGGACACGAUUUCCUGCCGAUCGCCGCGCCUCGUCGAAGUUCCCGGCCACUGUUGCAAGAUGUGGCUCUGUGAGAAUCCAACAGCUGAUGUUUACGCCACCUGCCACAACAGCACCACCAGCGGCAAUUGGACGGCCUGCAGCAGGAGCUGCGGCCUUGGCACCGCCACGCGGCACACCACCACCCACGCGGGCUGCCAUCAACUGAGCAAUUUGCGGCUCUGCGAGAAUCGCAGGUGCGACAAGGACGACCACGAGGACAAUAAGUGGAGCAGGAGCCGCCCGUUGACGCACAAGCGGAAGGAGCAUCGCGCCCACAGCCACUCCCAUCAGCAUUAUCAUCACCACAAGGAGCACGAGGAGCCGGCCCACAGGAUACGAAAGGGCCACGAGUGUCGGAGCAUCCAGCGCCUAGGUCCUGCCAGGAUACGACUGGGCGAGUGCGUCUCCCGAAAGCUGUAUCGACCGAAGCUCUGUGGCCGUUGCCAUCGCGGGGUCAAGUGCUGUGCCCCGGCGGUAUCCACUACGAUACAGGUUGAGUUGCUGUGUCCUUUAAAUGCUGUCGAUCCAAUUAACUACGUACAGCGACGUCAACCGAAGAAAAAAAGGCAGAUGAAGGAUGAUGAAGAUGAUGAUGAUGGUGAUGGGGGCGAUGAUGUGGAGCAUGAGCCGGUGCUGCAAAGUGCACAGUUAUGGGACACGGUCGCCUUGGAGCCAAUCGAUCAGGAAUUCCUGCAAUCACAUCAGAUACAAAUCGAGAAUAAAUUCAUUGCCGUCGAAUGGAUACUGAAAUGUGAAUGCAGCACGAAGAAUUGCAACGCGGGCAGCAGCAACAUCAGUGGCAACAGCAACGACAAUAUGGCUAACACGAAUAAAUAUGGUUAUUACAAUUACAAAAACAAUAACCGAGGCCGGAACCACGAAACUAAUGGCGAACCAAAUGAGCCGACCAACAACAAUGCUGGCAACAACAAGGACAACGAAGAGGAUGUGGUCGACAGCGGCAACAACCUCGACCACAACGAUGUGGACAACAUGUCCUCGGAACAGCAGCCGGAUAUUAUACCCUAUCCGCCAAGUGUGGGCGAAUCCAGUUGGAAGGCCGAAAAGCUGCGCCAGCAACACCACUGGCAGCAAAACACAUAGCGUAAACGUUUCCCACGCAAACUAUAAGAUAGAAUUCGAUCGGCCGAGGGCAAGGAUAUAAGGCAGUUGCGUAGCGGAGAGUAUAGUUUAAGAUUUGUACAGCAUAGCGAUACUUAGGGCCCCAUGGAUGGUUAGGACUGUGUAAAGGGAAGUGGGAGAGGCGAUGCAAGUUAUACUUAGGAUUUGAACAUAUCGAGGCAGUAAGUUUAGGUAUGUGAACGAUAGGGUUAGUACUAAACCAAGGGCAAACAACAAACACAGGCCGGAAAUUAAAAAUAUUUUUGCAAGCAUCUAUACACACAGAAAAAAAGCGCGACAAAAAGAGAAUAGAAAUGAAGUGAAAAUGGAACAUUUUCAGAAGAUCAUUAGAAUGGAAUGCUGCCCAAUAAUGACGUAUAUGGUAAUAAUAAUUUUAAUAAUAUAGAUGUAAAAGGCUUAAGCAACUCUAAACCAAACGAGCAAAUGCGAGAUCCGUGUGCAUUCAAGUUAUAUCUGUGCUAUAUACUCACUUGUAUUCCGAUCUACACGUACGCCUAAGACUCUGCUUGAACAAAGAAUUUAGCUGGAUGUAAAUGGACAGAGCCAGGAUGAUCGCCAACUACGAGGAUCCUGGUCAUAGUUUCGUUAUCCCCCAACCACACAUAUCCCCGAAAAUAUCCCGAAUCGAGUUCUCUGAUUUAGGUCAUGUGACGAGCGAGGCUUAGCCAUCACCCAUAUCAAAUGUAUCGAUGUAAGUCAACUCUUAGCUAGCGUCAGAGUUAUCCGUGUGCCGGCGAAAUUCAAAAUAAAUUAAAUGCGAAAA